AUUAUAGUGGUGUGUAAACAAAUGGCUUAUGGCGUGGGUCGGGUAUCUUAUCGAAAACAAACACUACUAGAACAGUAUUUUGUGCAGUGGCUGAAUUUGCAGCAGGAAAAAGCAUCGAUUAUGGGAUGUCUUUUCCACAAGGGAAGGCGACAGGAUACUAAAGAUUCAAAAGUAAAGGAAUAUUCGUGGGACAAACGAGAUAAAGUCAACCUGAAAGAUUUUACUGUGGAAAAUUUGGACAACGAAGAAAUUUGGAAGCUGCCGGGAACAAUUAAUGGCCAACAGUUUGUUAUUCAGAAAUGCAAAACAUCAACUGUAUAUUUAUUAGAUCAUAUAAAUACCAUAACUAUCGACGAUUGUGUGAAUUGUAAAUUUGUAAUAGGUGCUGUAAAGGGCAGCAUUUUUCUGAGAAACUGCAAGGACUGUUCUUGUGUUGUGGCUUGUGGACAGUUUCGAUCCCGUGACUGCAGGAAAAUAGAUGUAUUUUUAUGUUGCCCAACACAACCCGUUAUAGAAGCAUCAACUAGUAUGCACUUUGGCUGUUAUCAGUUGUAUUAUGAUGACCUCGAAGAUCAGUUUCAUCAAGCAGGGUUAAGUGCAUUUAAUAAUGAGUGGAGUGUCAUUCACGACUACACACCUGUAGAAGGAGAAAAUAAUUGGUGCCUUCUUCCUGAUACAAUAACGAUCCAUGAUUAUAUCUCCAUUCCAAAAGCAGAAGAACUGAAAAAGUUAAAUCUGUCUUUGCUUGAAGAUAAAAGUGUUGUGCCGUACACUUGGGGACCACACAAGACAAUGGAUGGUGAAUCAUGUCUUGUAAUAUUUUUCACAGAUGGGCAACAAGUUCAGCGUGCAAAAGCUUUCAUCAACACCCUGAAGAGAGAAAAUCCUGAUUGUUUGUUACUUCUGAGCAAGGAGGUUCAAUUGAGUACAGCCGAAGCCGAGAAAGUUUUUAGGUCAACUUCUUACAACAGCAUCAUUCAGAGAGGCCCUGUUGUUGGUCUCCAUUAUUGUGGACCUGAAUGCAUUUCUUCAUGUCAACAAGUGGCAGUGAAUAUAGCAAAAGACACUGGCUCAACAGGUCUUGUUUAUGUUAGUACCAAUCCCAAGUUUUCACUUAAGCAAGUGGAAAGUUUCUUCAACUUCACCAUCCCAUGUGGAGUAUGAUAAUGAGGAAGACUGCUAUAAUCUGGUGUAAGAUUUUGUUUUACGUAUCUACAUGGGAUUUUAACAACUGCACAAUCUCUCAUUUUGUUACACAUGAGCUGUCACAGAGAAAUUUUGAUGACUUUGUAUUGUUCGAACUGAUGUUCAUGAUAUAUUUAUACAUUUUUUAUGACUGUACUUAUUUAACAAUGCCAAAAUAUUUACAUUGUAGUCAUUUGAUGCUAGUCAUUAAUGUAAGAAAAAAGAAGCACAUUUACACUUUUUUAAGUUUUUGUUAUUUAAAUUUUGCUGGUAACCAAUCACAAAGGCUGUCUGUGUUGUAAAUAUUUAUACAAGUAAUAACAAACAAUUUUUGAAAUUAUCUAUUUUUACACUGCUGCUCUUCAGUACAAUGUUAUAGUCACUG